UAGCACUAGUACUAUUAGCAAUGAUAGUAGUAGCAGUAAUAGCUGUAGUAGCAGCAGUGAUAGUAGCACUAGUACUAUUAGUAAUGAUAGUAGUAGCAGUAAUAUCUGUAGUAGCAGCAGUGAUAGUAGCACUAGUACUAUUAGUAAUGAUAGUAGUAGCAGUAAUAGCUGUAGUAGCAGCAGUGAUAGUAGCACUAGUACUAUUGGUAAUGAUAGUAGUAGCAGUAAUAGUUGUAGUAGCAGCAGCAAUGAUAGUAGCACUAGUACUAUUAGCAAUGGUGGUAGUAGUGGCAAUAGCUGUAAUAACAGUAAUGAUACUAGCACUAGUACUAUUAGUAAUGGUAGUAAUAGCUGUAAUAGCUGUAGUAGCCGCAGUGAUAAUAGCACUAGUACUAUUAGUAGUGGUAGUAGUAACUGUAGCAACAGCAGUAAUAGCAGCACUCAUGGUACUAGUAGUAGUAAUAGCUGUAGUAGCAGCAGUGAUAGUACUAGUAGUAUUCAUAGUGGAAACAAUAGAAGUAGUAGCAGCAGCAGUAUUAACAACAGUACUAGUAGCAGGAGUAGUGGUAGGAGCAGGUACAAACCAAUCUUUGUGAAAUGAACCAAAACCAGUUAUACCUUAAGAAUGGCAACCACCACUCUGAGCUCACAAAAAAUGUCUUUAAAUAAAGCAGUGAUGUGGCACUCGAGUACACUGCCCUAUUUAUUUUUUCUGUCCUCUGUGUAACUGUGAUGCUAAAAUUCAUUUUACUAUAUGAGUAUAUUUAAGGAAUUUGACACGUGCAUUUUUGUACCUUUUCAAGUCUACACCAAGCUGGCAUGAGUAAGUAACGUGUAGAUUUAAAAAAUGCCCAACACAGGCUGAUAUCCCUAUCUUUAGUAUUUGCACAUUAUAAGGUCACUGUCCCAGUGUCAUCCUAGCAAACCCCAUUCCAAAAUAUUUACUUUAUGUAUCUCAGGGUGCCAAGCAAACACACACUGUCAGUUUCACAGUAAAACAAAACUAAUAAGUAAGGUCGUAGUCCAAAAUUCUGCAGUUCUGUCAGCCUUUGUGUUUAAGGGGCAGUGACACUAGUACCCCACCUUUGUGUUUAAGGGGCAGUAACACUAGUACCCCACUUUUGUGUUCAAGGGGCCAUGACAGUACCCCAUCUGUGUUUAAGGGGCAGUGAAACUAGUCCCCCACCUUUGUGUUUAAGGGUCAGUGAAACUAGAACCCCACUUUUGUGUUUAAGGGGCAGUGAGACUAGUACCUCACCUUUCUGUUUAAGGGGCAGUGAAACUAGUCCCCCACCUUUGUGUUUAAGGGGCAGUGGCACUAAUUACCCACCUUUGUGUUUAAGGGGCAGUGACACUAGUACUCCACCUUUGUAUUUAAAGGGCAGUGAAACUAGUCCCCCACCUUUGUGUUUAAGGGGCAGUGACACUAGUACCCCACCUUUGUGUUUAAGGGGCAGUGAAACUAGUAACCCACCUUUGUGUUUAAGGGGAAGUGAAACUAGUAUCCCACCUUUGUGUUUAAGGGGCAUUGACAGUAGUACUCCACCUUUGUGUUUAAGGGGCAGUGAAACUAGUCCCCCACCUUUGUGUUUAAGUGGCAGUGGCACUAAUUCCCCACCUUUGUGUUUAAGGGGCAGUGACACUAGAACCCCACCUUUGUGUUUAAGGGGCAGUGAAACUAGUCCCCCAGCUUUGUGUUUAAGGGGCAGUGACACUAGUACCCCACCUUUGUGUUUAAGGGGCAGUGACACUAGUACCCCACCUUUGUGUUUAAGGGGCAGUGACACUAGAACCCUAUCUUUGUGUUUAAGGUGCAGUGACACUAGUACCCUACCUUUGUGUUUAAGGUGCAGUGAAACUAGUCCCCCACAUUUGUGUUUAAGGGGCAGUGGCACUAAUUCCCCACCUUUGUGUUUAAGGGGCAGUGACACUAGUACCCCAACUAUGUGUUUAAGUAGCAGUGAAACUAGUCCACCACCUUUGUGUUUAAGAGGCAGUGACACUAGUAUCCCACCUUUGUGUUUAAUGGACAGUGUCACUAGUACCCCACCUUUGUGUUUAAUGGACAGAGACACUAGUACCCCACCUUUGUGUUUAAUGGACAGUGACACUAGUACCCCACCUUUGUGUUUAAGGUGCAGUGACACUAGUACCCUACCUUUGUGUUCAAUUGGCAGUGACACUAGUACCCCACCUUUGUGUUUAAUGGACAGUGACACUAGUACCCCACCUUUGUGUUUAAUGGACAGUGACACUAGCACCCCACCUUUGUGUUUAAUGGACAGGGACAGUGACACUAGUACCCCACCUUUGUGUUUAAUGGAUAGUGACACUAGUACCCCACUUUUAUGUUUAAUGGACAGGGACACUAGUACCCCACCUUUGUGUUUAAUGGACAGUUACACUAGUAUCCCACUUUUGUGUUUAAGGGGCAGUGAAACUAGUGCCCCACCUUUGUGUUUAAGGGGCAGUGACACUAGUACCCCACCUUUGUGUUUAAUGGACAGAGACACUAGUACCCCACCUUUGUGUUUAAGGGGCAGUGAGACUAGUACCCCACGUUUGUGUUUAAUGGACAGUGACACUAGUACCCCACCUUUGUGUUUAAGGGGCAGUGACACUAGUACCCUACCUUUGUGUUUAAUGGACCGUGACACUAGUACCCCACCUUUGUAUUUAAGGGGCAGUGACAUUAGUAUCCCACCUUUGUGUUUAAUGGACAGUGACACUAGUACCCUACCUUUGCAUUUAAGGUGCAGUGAAAGUAGUACCCCACCUUUGUGUUUAAUGGACAGUGACACCAAUACCCCACCUUUGUGUUUAAGGGGCAGUGACACUAGUACCCCACCUUUGUGUUUAAGAGGCAGUGACACUAGUACCCAAAGUUUGUGUUUAAGGAGUAGUGAAACUACUACCCCACCUUUGUGUUUACGGGGAAGUGAAAUUAGUCCCCCACCUUUGUGUUUAAGGGUAAGUGAAACUAGUAUCCCACCUUUGUGUUUAAGGGGCAGUGACAGUAGUACCCCAACUUUGUGUUCAAGGGGCAGUGACACUAGAACCCUACCUUUGUGUUUAAGGUGCAGUGACACUAGUACCCUGCCUUUGUGUUUAAGCUGCAGUGAAACUAGUCCCCCACCUUUGUGUUUAAUGGGUAGUGGCACUAAUUCCCCACCUUUAUGUUUAAGGGGCAGUGACACUAGUACCUCACCUAUGUGUUUAAGAGGCAGUGAAACUAGUCCUCCACCUUUGUGUUUAAGGGGCAGUGACACUAGUACCCCACCUUUGUGUUUAAUGGACAGUGACACUAGUAUGCCGCCUUUGUGUUUAAUGGACAGUGACACUAGUACCCCACCUUUGUGUUUAAUGGACAGUGACACUAGUACCCCACCUUUGUGUUUAAGGCGCAGUGACACUAGUACCCUACCUUUGUGUUUAAUGGGCAGUGACACUAGUACCCCACCUUUGUGCUUAAUGGACAGUAACACUAGUACCCCACCUUUGUGUUUAAUGGACAGUGGCACUAGUACCCUACCUUUGUGUUUAAGGUGCAGUGACACUAGUACCCUACCUUUGUGUUUAAUGGACAGUGACACUAGUACCCCACCUUUGUGUUUAAGGGGCAGUGACACUAGUACCCCACCUUUGUGUUUAAUGGACAGUGCCACUAGUACUCCACCUUUGUGUUUAAUGGACAGUGACACUAGUACCCCACCUUUGUAUUUAAUGGACGGUGACACUAGUACCACACUUUUGUGUUUAAUGGACAGGGACACUAGUACCCCAACUUUGUGUUUAAUGGACAGUGGCACUAGUACCCCACCUUUGUGUUUAAUGGACAGUGACACUAGUCCCCGACCUUUGUGUUUAAUGGAUAGUGACACUAGCACCCCACCUUUGUGUUUAAUGGACAGUGACGCUAGUAGCCCACCUUUGUGUUUAAUGGACAGUGACACUAGUACCCCACCUUUGUGUUUAAUGGACAAUGACACUAGUACCCCACCUUUGUGUUUGAGGUGCAGUGACACUAGUACCCCACCUUUGUGUUUAAGGUGCAGUGACACUAGUACCCCACCUUUGUGUUUAAGGGGCAGUGACACUAGUGACCUUAGAUUCCAGUACUAUGUACUUUCCAGUUCCAAACUCUCAUGCUUCAUUUCUUAUCCUGUGUCGAACUGCAAGGUAUGCAACUACCAAAAGCCUUGCUUUUACUUUAAAUAUGGCUUCUUAUGUCCCUUUGUACCCACUUUUGUGUUUAAUGGACAGUGACACUAGUACCCCACCUUUAUG